AUGGCUGUGCCGGGGAACUCACUACGGAUACUGCUUCUCGGUGCGUAUUUUACGCUGACGGUCGGAGCAGACUGCGGGAAGGACUGCGCGCUCUGCCUCAACGCUCUACUGGAGCAUCAGACGGCGAUUACCACUCUGGUAGGUCAGGUACAUUUGGACAUGUUUUAAAGCAUAUAUUUAAAGUAAAGUAACAGGGUGCUACUUUUUCCCGCGUCUAACUUUUUCGUGGGGAAAGAAUUCGCAGUAGGCUACGCACCUGUGUUUUUGGUCACAAAAAUACGCAAUGGAUAGGCAAUGUUCCUUGAGGUGCGUGUAUCCUUGGAACACGACUUUAUUGAACUAUUUUUCAUUUAUUUUGAUGCAGGCAGACAAUGUAAUACCAAUUAAAUUAGGCAACCCAUCAUUUUUAAUGCAUCAAUAUAACAUUAAUUAUUCGUGUCGGUUGGAUUUUAAUCAAGGCUACAACUUGUGUUGUUGGUCUAACUUGCGACAACAUGAGACCUCAAGGCAUUUCCUUUCGUCACGCUUCAUGAAGUUUUGAAUUUUGAUGAGGAUUUGGUUUCAUUUAUUACAUAUAGCCUGUAGUAAAACCAAGACUGUUGCGCAUCAUCAAUUUCGCGGGACAUUGUCACUUCGAUUCUUGAAAUGUAGGCUAUUAAAGGCAAUUUAGGAGUGUCUGAAUCAAUGUUAGAUUAGCCAUUCAAUAGUACUGGCCUAUCCCAAAUGCUCAACAUCGAACUAAAAUCUAAAAUCUUACCACAAUGGCAUGAAUUCAGUAUCUCCAUCAAACCUGUCUUUAUUUGUGGCCCUUAUAUGUUUUAGCUCCAUCAGGGGGCAGCAUGUUAGUCGUUAUGGGCUUCAAUACAGCCUCAAUCAUAUUUUCAUGUGAUUCAAAUACCCCCAAUAAGAUAAACAUUUAAUUUGAGAAGUUUAUUUUCUCUUAGAUAAUGUAUUCAGAAUUAUCUGUAGGCUAUACAAAAGCACUGUUCUCUUCUGCUUUGACAGCUCAGACAUAAAAAUACACAUUUACGAGGCAUUAAAUAUGUAGGCUUUGAGGAACAUCAGGCUUUGAGGGACCUCUUUGAGUAACAGGCUUUGAGGAACAUCAUGUCUCAUUAACUGUGUUUCUAAAAAGCGGUAAAAUGCACUAGAUAAAAGUGUCUUUCCAUCUGUUUCAAUUUAAUGACUCUUAAAACGAGUAGAGCAUGAACAUCACAUUGGUAUAGGCAAAUAUAAUGAAUUUGUUCAUACAUCCAACCGUGUCUCUCCGACAAUGGAGAGAGUAGCAGCUGCACCCAGAGUAUCUCAUGCACCCGAUUUUGACUUGGAGAGAGUAGCAGCCGCACCCAGAGUAUCUCAUGCACCCGAAUUUGACUUGUUUGUAUCCCCUGUUAAAUAUUGUCCAAUUAAACAGUACUCUAUACGUCAAAUGUGCCUUUUUGUGGCAAGAAAUAUAUCACUAUGUCACUCCAGUGAAUAUAUUGCUGCUUCACGUCUGUGUACCAUGAGCCCCUUGAUAGAGACAAGUCUCCAAUUAAACUAGAUUUCCAGUAAGAAAUGGGUUUGUGAGCCUCUCAUCCACCUCUGUGUUUUGAGGUUCCUCUUCCCUUCUUGUCUUUACAGACAUGCUCAAUAGAAUGUGAGGGCAGCCUGGACACCACGAAGCUCCGGCUCUGCCGAGACAUCCUAUUGAAGGAGGAGCGUGUCGCAGUAGAUGAUGUCAAACAGGAAGAGGUGCAGGGCCAGCAGCACCAACUGGCCAAGAAGUAUGGCGGCUUCAUGAAACGCUACGGGGGGUUCAUGAUCAGGAGGAGCUCACCCGUAGAGGAGGGACGAGUGCAGGGAGGAGAGAACAGCCUGAUGGCUGAGGAAGACGACAUCCGUCUGGAGAUCCUGAAGAUUCUGAAAGCAGAGGCUGAGGGCCAGAGGGAUGGGGAGGUGGCCAAGCGCUAUGGGGGUUUCAUGAGAAGAGGGGGGGACUUGGGGGGCCUGGAGGGGGCGGGCAGGCCACUGAAGAAGCGCUAUGGGGGCUUCAUGAGGAGGGUGGGGAGGCCUGAGUGGCAGGAGGAUCAGAAGAACCAGGGGGGUCUCCUGAAACGCUCCUGGGAGGGGGAGCAGGGUGACUCCCCCCUGGCUGAAAUACAGAAGAGAUAUGGAGGAUUCAUGGACUAG